AUGUCUGUGAAUGAUAGCCCCCAGAGUCGGCCUUCCUCGAUCAUUAACCUCGAAGACCUUUACGAGACAACAGCGGAGGAGUUGCAGCGGCUCCUCGGCAACCAUGACAACCAUCGCUGGUCCCUAGAGGAUGAGAUUCUGAUAGACGACUGUUUGGUCCAGCUCUGUGCUUGGGGCGCUGAUUUGGAUAUCGAAUCGGGGGCCCUGCAGAAUCUGUGUGAGAAGGAGGUGGUUGUCGUGAGGAGCAACCUCGACCUUGUACGGUCCAGCAUUGCCGAGGUUGAUUCUGAAAUCUCUCGGGAGUCUGGAGCUGCUUCGACUGUAAAUGCAUUGGAUCGACUGGGCCUCAACGUUAAGAACCUUUGCGAGCUUUCCAACUCUUUGCAGAUCGCUAUCAAUCUUAAUCAGCACAAGGGCCCAGCAUUCAAGGUCAAGGAAUAUAUGGACUCACUCAGUCGGAAGCUAGCCCCCCCUGGGCCCAGCAACCUGGAAGAUGCUGAACGGGAAGGCCCUGAGGCACGCCCACCCCUCGAUACUGGCACGCAAGACCCAGAAAAGGGCUACUCCUCGGAUCUUGUGUCCAUCCUCCAGCGAUGCCAAAGACGGAGUGCCAAUGGAGAGCCAUUCUGGCCGGACGAGCUCCUCAAACGCAUCAUGACAAGAGACAGGGUACUCGAGAGCCUUGACUCACAUACCAAGGCACCCAUUGACACAAUCGUUCUACCUGCAGAGACGAGCCCAGGCCUGUCAGGCCGAGGGUUGGUCAAGAUCUAUGCACUUCUAACAUUGUUGGGGAAGAGUGAACAAAUCCAGGUGUUCAUCGAGGAAGGGCUGCUUGACAAAGAUUUACCACUUCGCUAUGAAGGCGCCAACUUCUUCCGUGGGGAAGAAGCUCUCAGAUGCUUCCAAGGUUGGCGGCCUUCGGAGAAGAGCCUCUUUGACGCCCAGCAGUGGGGCUUUGCUGUCCCCUUCCUGUGGCUCGCACCUACUGGGUCUCCCAAACAUUACGACUUGGAUAGUCGGACCAUCAUCCCUUGGACAUAUGAUAGCACAGAUCCUGUCAUGGAAAUCGCCGGAGCCAGCGAUGGAGAAGUUUCAGAAGUGCACCGCAUUGCCAUUGACCCCGACAGCCAAGGCCUAUGGGAGCCGCUGCGGGAGAUGGGCCUAGACGACACAUUAUUUGCCCUCAGGAAACUGUCUCUGAAAUACGGAGACAAGGAGACGUUUGGUAAGGAACGCGAUCAGUUACGUAGGUUGAGUGACACGAGAGAUAAGCACCUCCUUACCCUCCUUGCCUCAAUCAGCUACGACGGGCAUUACAAUUUCCUCUUCCCUUACGCGGAGUGCGACCUCUUGCAGUUUUGGAAGGAUUGGCAUCCAGAACCGCCACCUCAAGAUAUGGAAGAGACGCGAUGGCUCAUAAGACAACUAUCGGGGCUCGUGGGGGCCAUGGACACAGUCCACACUCAACGAGACUGCCACGGUGACAUAUGCCCCCAACAGAUUCAUUGUCUCAGAUCAAGUCAUGACCCUAGAGGGGUUACGGUGCUGAGUAGUUAUGGGAUACCUUUCCCAAAUCCAGCCAAGGGCCACUCUGAUUCUGUCUUCCCCCGCUAUUGGCGCCUGAGGGAUAGCUUCGGCGGCGAUACGUUAUCGCGAACAUACGACAUCUGGUCCCUCGGGUUGGUCUUCAUGGAAUUUGUCACCUGGUUCUUGGGCGGAGGCAAGCUUGUUCGUCAAUUUGAGAGCCAGUGGAUAUCUCAACCACCUGGUGGCAGUACUACGCCCAGUACUAUUGAGGACUACAUGACAGAGGGCCAUGCAUAUGCUGCCAAUAUUUUGGAGCCAAUAGAGUCCUCUAGCAGAGACUGGGCACCCAUCGAGAAUAGAAUCUGGCCCCUGGAGAACUCUGAUGACACUUACAUGGGCUGGACAAGGAGAGCCAACAGGUCCUUGCGCCACAUGAAUCCUGAGGCCAUAGAGUGGAUUGAGGAGCUAAACCAUCAUCAAAACUGCACCAGAUUCAUCAAAGAUAUUCUCUCCAUCAUUCAGAGAAGAAUGUUGUCUGUUGUUUUGGCUGACACAGAUACCAGAUAUUCUUCUGACCUUCAGGAUGAAUUUGGCAGGUUAUAUCGACAGUGCGGCGGCGAUAUCAGCGCUUAUCCCUCACCUAGGGGACCCGUGUCCAAUCGUCGUGAAGCCCCUCUAGCUUCAACAGAAUCAAAAAGACCAAGCCAAGCAGCACUUCAUACCCCAGGACAACACGGCACGGGAACGUUAGAUUUCAUGGUAGACACAGCAAGCGAUUCGCGCAGAAACAGCUAG